AUGUCCUCAUUUACCUUGACCUUUGAAAACAAUGAGGGAGCGAAUCUAGCUCUGCAAGUUCCAUUGGCAGAUAAAGAACAUUUGCAGACGUUGGUACAACAGCAUGCAGGAAACCUUCCCUACACCAUAUGGGUGACACACCCGCCGUCCGAGGUGGCAGUGCAAUUGGAUGCCGCUUUGGAUCCUCUCCCUUGGGAGGAAUGGCAAAGCCGUAUAUCAGAAAAGUCUAUGGUCUGUAUCACCCACCAGGGAGUUCUUCCCAAACAUGAUGCCCUCAAACCUGCGGUGCCACCCACUUUCUACAUACCGUCAACAGCAGCCCCUCCUUCCCCUGUGCCCACUGCUCCUGCGCCGACUACGCCUGCGCCUGCGCCCACUGCGCCUGUGCCCACUACUCCUGCGCCCACUACUCCCGCGCCCCCUACUCCUGCGCCCCCUACGCCUGCACCCCCUAUGAGCGGGAUCUGCCAUUUUCUCGACUGUUGCUCCCGUGACAACCCAGCUUCAAUUUAUGCAGCCUUGGAGUUUUUGUUUACAGCUCUCUUUUCAUGGCAAGUUUAA